AAUAUUUGGUGCAUACAUUCGGAGAAUGUUUGAACCAAACGAAAUAGCGAAAUUGUGUUUUGAGAAAUACUCUAGCCUUAAGAAAACUGGAAAACCUUGUGAUAAUGAAUGGACAGUAUUAUCCGCUGUUCUUGUAAGAAAUGGAGAAGGAACCGCUGAUGUAGUAUCAUUAUCUACUGGUACGAAGUGCCUUGGUCAUUUGGAGUUGAAAAAUACAGAAAUAUGGGAGAAGGGUACUAGAUUAAGUGAUUCUCACGCAGAAGUUCUAGCCAGACGUGCUUUCCUGCGUUAUCUGUAUGAUCAAUUAGAAAUGUUAAUAUCUUGUCAACAAAGUAAUAUCUUUUUAUUAAAUGCAAAUAGAAAGAUCAAAGUCAAGCCUCAUGUGUCAUUUCACUUUUUCUCCAGUCAUACUCCUUGCGGUGAUUGUUCUAUAUUGCCUAAAUACGAAAAUGUAACAAAUAAUCCAUUGACAAAAAGGAGGAAAACAGAUAUUUCUACAAAUGAGAUUAACUCUAUGGAUCGUGAUAAAACAGUCCCUGUUGAAUCGGUCAUAUUCCAUGACUUACACAGAACAGGAGCAAAAUGUAUAGCAACAAAGGAAAAACAAGAUCUUUAUCGACCUGGCAUAAAUUAUCAUGUCGUUGGACCAUUGCGGACCAAACCUGGAAGGGGAAAUCCAACUUUAAGUUUAUCAUGCUCGGACAAAAUGGCAAAGUGGAAUGUAAUCGGAGUACAAGGAUCAUUGUUGUCAAAUUUUAUACCAUCGAUAUAUUUUGAAACUGUUACAAUUGGUGGAGGAUGUCCAUUUUCAUUGGAAGCUAUGGAACGUGGUAUACACAAGCGAUUUGGCGAAGAUACAAAAGGUCCAAAAAUAACACAAGCCACUCUAAGUUUUGAGCAUAGAAAAGGUCUUAGAAGGAUGCAGCCUUGUUCAACAAGUAUUAUAUGGUGUGCGACGAAAGAACAACAAUUAGAAGUUGCUGUAGAAGGCAGAAAACAUGGGACGACGAAGAAAAAACGUGGUCGAGGAUUAUGUGUAUCCAGAAAAGAACUUCUGAAGACGUUUAUCAAACUUGCUGAAAAAUAUCCAAGUUUUAGCAAAUAUCCAACCCAUCCAAAGAAACUGACUUAUUUUCAUUUCAAACAAUGGAAUUACUCAUACCAGUAUAUGUGGAAGGAAUUGCGAUCAAAUUUAUUUCCCACUUGGCCAUUUAAGUCAUUAGAUUUACUAGACUUUACAUUAUAAUUUUGCAUUUAUUUUUGUUAUCGCAAUAAAAAUACCUUUAUACAAGAUAAAUCAUAUUUUAUUAACAGUAAAAAUAAUACUU